AUGCUGUAUAACACUAUAUGGGCGCUUGUGCUCUUUUUAAGCACUGUGUCUGGAUAUGCUAAUCCUGGAGCAUGCUCGGGUACCUGCGUUAAUACGCACGAUCCGUCUAUCAUUCGACGAUCCGAUGGCACAUACUUUCGCUUCUCUACAGGAGGCAAGAUAGCGGUUCAUACCGCGCCAGAUAUUACAGGACCAUGGACGUAUAAGGGUGCAGCACUCCCGUCGGGGUCGUCAAUCGAUCUCGGAGGGAACCAGGACCUAUGGGCUCCUGAGGUUGCUUUAGUUGGCAACACUUAUUACUUGUACUACUCAGUUAGUAAAUUUGGCGUGCAAGACUCUGCCAUUGGUGUUGCCACUUCGUCUAGCAUGGACGUGGGCACAUGGAAAGAUUUAGGAUCAACGGGGAUCCGCUCGUCAUCUGGGAAGCCGUAUAACGCAAUCGACCCUAACCUCAUCAAUGUUAACGGAGCUUACUUCAUCACUUUUGGUAGCUUCUGGAAAGACAUUCACCAAGUAGCCAUGAAGAAUCCGCCCAAGGCUGUGGCGAGCGGUGCCAGUGCAGCUCAAGUUGCUUUUGACCCUGUUAAGACCGAUGAAGAGGGCGCCUUCGUAUUUAAACACGGCAACUACUAUUAUCUCUUCUUCAGCAAAGGCAAAUGUUGUGGUUAUGAUACAAGCCGGCCAGCUACCGGUGAAGAAUAUAAGAUUCUAGUCUGCCGGUCUACCUCUGCAACUGGUGGGUUCGUGGAUGCGAGUGGCAAAGCCUGCACUAACAGUGGUGGAACCGUGGUCCUGGAAUCCCAUGGAAAUGUAUAUGGACCUGGAGGACAAGGAGUUUACGAUGACCCUGUGCAUGGACCAAUCCUUUAUUACCACUACGUUAAUACCAGCAUUGGCUUUGCGGAUGGUCAGAAGCAGUUUGGAUGGAACACCAUCAACUUUUCUAGCGGUUGGCCUGUUGUAUAA